UGUUACUAGUGUAUUAGUGAGAUUAAAUAGUCGUACCUGAAAGUCAGAGGGGUGUGGCCAGUGUCUCUGAGGCAAGCCACGUUUCUCGAUGAGGCGAAGGGCUGAGCUUUUUUUCCCCCUCCUCCACGGUGGAAGCAUCCCACGUUCGGGGGCGGCCGGUCUGAGUAGGCAAGAGAAUCCGCAGCUGCCUCCUUUACAGGUGGACGAGGAACGACGCAAGCUCCGCUCAUGUCUACGGGGAGCAUUUUCUGUGGUACGCCGCUGUGUCAAAGUGUGCACGGGCCAAGAGUACGCCGCCAAAAUCAUCAACACCAAGAAGCUGUCUGCCAGAGACCAUCAGAAGCUGGAGAGAGAGGCCAGGAUCUGCAGGCUGCUCAAGCACUCCAACAUUGUUCGUCUCCAUGACAGCAUCUCUGAGGAGGGCUUCCACUACCUUCUCUUUGACCUGGUGACAGGAGGUGAGCUCUUUGAGGACAUUGUAGCCAGAGAGUACUACAGCGAGGCGGACGCCAGUCAUUGCAUCCAGCAGAUCCUGGAGGCCGUGCUUCACUGCCAUCAGAUGGGUGUGGUCCACAGGGACCUGAAGCCUGAGAAUCUGCUGCUGGCCAGCAAGUGUAAAAAUGCGGCCGUAAAGCUGGCGGACUUUGGACUGGCCAUCGAGGUCCAAGGAGAGCAGCAAGCCUGGUUUGGUUUUGCAGGUACACCAGGUUAUUUGUCUCCAGAGGUGUUGAGGAAGGAAGCGUACGGAAAACCAGUAGACAUCUGGGCAUGCGGCGUGAUCCUCUACAUCCUCCUGGUGGGUUACCCUCCCUUCUGGGACGAAGACCAGCACAAACUGUACCAGCAGAUCAAAGCUGGAGCAUAUGAUUUUCCCUCUCCUGAGUGGGACACGGUGACGCCUGAGGCGAAGAACCUGAUCAACCAGAUGUUGACUAUCAACCCGGCCAAGAGAAUCACAGCACAGGAGGCCCUCAAGCACCCGUGGGUCUGCCAACGCUCCACCGUGGCCUCCAUGAUGCACAGACAGGAGACCGUCGAGUGUCUGAAGAAGUUUAACGCCAGGAGGAAGCUCAAGGGCGCCAUCUUGACCACCAUGCUGGUGUCCAGGAACUUCUCUGUGGGACGUCAGACCACGGCACCGUCAGGCGUCAGUGGCGUGACAGGAAACCCCGCCGGCAUCGUGGAACAAGCCAAGAGCCUCCUCAACAAGAAGGCUGACGUCAAGCAGAGCAACAGCAGCAGGAACAGCACAGUCAGCAGUCCUAAGGUCAACGCGUCGUCUGCUGCUCUGGAGCCUCAGACUACUGUUAUCCAUAAUCCCGUAGAUGGCAUAAAGGAAUCAUCAGACAGCAGCAACACGACCAUCGAGGAUGAAGAUGUAAAAGCUCGCAAGCAGGAAAUCAUCAAGAUCACGGAGCAACUCAUCGAAGCUGUCAACAACGGCGACUUUGACGCCUACUCGAAGAUUUGUGACCCCGGCCUGACCUCCUUUGAGCCUGAGGGUCUGGGCAACCUGGUGGAGGGGAUGGACUUCCACCGUUUCUACUUUGACAACCUCCUGGCCAAGAACAGCAAGCCCAUCCACACCACCAUCCUCAACCCGCACGUGCACAUGAUCGGCGACGACGGCGCCUGCAUCGCGUACAUCCGCCUCACGCAGUUUGUGGACGCGCAGGGUCGCCCUCGCUCCAGCCAAUCGGAAGAGACCCGGGUGUGGCAACGUCGAGACAGUCGUUGGCACAACGUCCACUUCCACUGCUCUGGAGCGCCGGCCGCCCCCCUGCAGGCCUGAGGGAUGUGCUGCUGACGACCCCACGAGCGGAGCGUCUGAGAGGCGGGGCCAGCGCAGAGCGGGUGGGUGGUGUGGGUGGUGGGUGUAUUGUCCCGUCCUCCACGACCACCUGACUUCCUCUCUCUCCACCUUGGGGACCACAGACUGAACUUCAAUGUCUCUCGCCCGGCAAAAAGAAGCGUCCAUCGUUGUGUACUUGUGGCUGCAGCGUGUCGUGGUGCUCUUCUUCUUCUUUUUCUUCUACUACUACUACUACUACUUCCUGUGACCAGCAUGGCUCCUCCUCGGUCACGUGCGACAUCAUCUUGACUCCUCCCCUCCGGCGUGUCGUUGCCCCGCCCGCUCCUAGCUCUCACAUGCAGCAUGCUAACGUUGUGUGGCGUCGCCGUGACGACGGUUGAUGGUGUGGGCUGUUGUGCGGUGAUGGCGUUUCAGUGCAUGAAGUCACGUCACGUGGGUGUCGUCCUCCUUUUUUCAAACUGCUGCUUGCGCCUUUUUGUACUUUGUUUACUAGUCAGUAGUGUGCAAGGAGGGCGAGGAUGCUGCUGAGGACACACCGGGACCCAACACACAGCAUUAUAAUCCUCACAAUAUGUCUACAAACACCAACAAGUCCAUUUUCUUAUUUGUAUUUGAUAAUGUUUUUGGUUAUGUCUUCAUUAGUGCACUUCUGUACUUACACUUACUUUUUGAAGUACAUAAUUGUGUCACACUUGUAUACUAACACUUAGUUUUUGGAGUACAUACGUGUGUCACACUUGCAUGGAUAUACUUAGUCUUUGAAGAACAUAAGUGUGUCACACUCGUGUACUUACACUUAGUUUUUGGACUACAUAUGUGUUUCACACUUGUAUACUUACACUUAGUCUUUGGAGUACAUAAGUGUGUCACUUGUGUACUGACACUUACGUGUAGACUUUGUAUACUUACACUAAGUCUUUGGAGUACAUACGUGUGUCACACUUGUGUACUUACACUUAGUUUUUGGAGUACAUAAGUGUUUCACACUUGUGUACUUACACUUAGUUUUUGGAGUACAUAAGUAAGUGUGUCACACUUGUGUACUUACACUUAAUUUUUUGAGUACACUUAGUCUUUUAAGUAUGUAAGUGUGUCACUUGUGUACUUACACUUAUUUUUUGGAGUACAUAAGUGCGUCACACUUGUGUACUUACACUUAGUCUUUAGAGUACAUAAGUCUGUCAGACUUGUGCACUUACACUUAGUUUUUGGAGUACAUAAGUGCGUCACACUUGUGUACUUACACUUAGUCUUUAGAGUACAUAAGUCUGUCAGGCUUGUGUACUUACACUUAGUUUUUGGAGUACAUAAGUGUUUCACACUUGUGUACUUACACUUAGUCUUUAGAGUACAUAAGUCUGUUACACUUGUGUACUUACACUUAGUUUUUGGAGUACAUAAGUGUGUCACAACUGUGUACUUACACUUAGUCUUUAGAGUACAUAAGUUUGUCAGACUUGUGUACUUACACUUAGUUUUUGGAGUACAUAAGUGUGUCACAACUGUGUACUUAUACUUAGUCUUUAGAGUACAUAAGUUUGUCAGACUUGUGUACUUACACUUAGUUUUUGGAGUACAUAAGUGUGUCACAACUGUGUACUUAUACUUAGUCUUUAGAGUACAUAAGUCUGUCACACUUGUGUACUUACACUUAGUUUUUGGAGUACAUAAGUGUAUCACAACUCUGUACUUACACUUAGUCUUUAGAGUACAUAAGUCUGUCAGACUUGUGUACUUACACUUAGUUUUUGGAGUACAUAUGUGUGUCACACUUGUGUACUUACACUUAGUCUUUAGAGUACAUAAGUCUGUCACACUUGUGUACUUAAACUUAGUUUUUGGAGUACAUAAGUGUGUCACAACUGUGUACUUACACUUAGUUUUUGGAGUACAUAAGUGUGUCACACCUGUGUACUUACACUUAGUUUUUGGAGUACAUAAGUGUGUCACACUUGUAUAGUUAUACUUAGUCUUUGUAGUACAUAAUUGUGUCACACUUGUGUACUUACACUUAGUUUUUGAAGUACACUUAGUCUUUGGAUUACAUAAGUGUGUCACUUGUGUACUUACACUUAGUUUUUGGAGUACAUAAGUGUGUCACACUUGUGUACUUAGACUGAGUUUUUGGAGUACAUAUAUGUGUUACACAUGUACUUACACUUAGUGUGUGGAGUACAUAAGUCUGUCACACGUGUAUACUUACACUUAGUUUUUGGAGUACACUUAGUCUUUGGAGUACAUAAGUGUGUCACACAAUUAGUCCUUGGAGUACAUACGUGUCACACUUGUGUAAUUACACUUAGUCUUCGGAGUACUUAAGUCUGUCACACUUGUAUACUUACACUUAGUUUUUGGAGUAUACUUAGUCUUCGGAGUACAUAAUUGUGUCACUUGUGUACUUACACUUAGUUUUUGGAGUAUACUUAGUCUUCAGAGUACAUAAGUCUGUCACACUUGUAUACUUACACUUAGUUUUUGGAGUACACUUAGUCUUUGUAGUACAUAAUUGUGUCACUUGUGUACCUACACUUAGUUUAAGUGUGUCACACUUGUGUACUUACACUUAGUUUUUGGAGUACACUUAGUCUUUGUAGUACAUAAUUGUGUCACUUGUGUACUUACACUUAGUUUAAGUGUGUCACACUUGUGUACUUACUUAGUUUAAGUGUGUCACACUUGUGUACUUACACUUAGUCUUUGGGGUAAAUAAGUGUGUCACACUUGUGUACUUAGUCUUUGAAGUAAAUAAGUGUGUCACACAUGUACUUAUGCUUAGAUUUUUGGAGUACAUAAGUUUUCCAUUUGAGACAGGACUGUGUGUACUUGUGAUUAUUUUAUUAUGUAUACAGAUUUGCACCUCAGGCGGCUUGCUAUUUAUUUAUAAUAUUUUCAUGGAUAAAUGUAAAACAUUCUAGUAUUUGGUCAUUAUUUGGACCUGAGAGGUUCCUAAGAAGCUCCUGCAGGGGGCGACCUUUCACCAAUCCAGCAGCAAAACCCCUUUUAUCUCCUUCAUUUUUUUUGCUCAACUAAACAUGUCAGAACUCAACUUGAAUGUUUAAUUUCAUAUUUAAUAUUUGUUUGAGACUUCGUUCAUGAAAAGUUUGAGUAUUUCCUAUCCUCAGUGUGAGCGGACACAAGCUGAAAGUGUUUUCUUACUGCAUCCAGUCUUCUGAUGACCAUAAUCAAUAUAUCGAACAUGUGAGUAUUUACCAAUAAAAAGGAGCACGCAUUUCCAAA